AUGGACACGAGCCGGGACAAAGUGCAGAAGAAGCCGGUCCGCCUCAUCGCUGCAGCCUGCAGAGGCAUGGGGAUCGGGAAGGACGGGAAGCUGCCCUGGCAUUUACCGUAAGACUCAUACCAGCAGCUGAGGAUUGAUUUAAAUUUCUUUAUUUAUUAAAAAUGACGGUUUAUGUAGACUUAUUUUAACAGAAAACACUGAAUUAAAAUGACGAAAGACAGACCUUAACCUCCAUUGAGACGGUACACUGACACAGAUGCGCAACAGCUGUAACUGGCGGUGAUGAGGAGUUCGGAUCAUUACAGUGAUUGGAACUUUUUUACUCAGCUCUGUUUGACUUUCUAACGGCUCUUUGUUUCGUUUGAACCCUUAACUUUGCAUGUUGGUAGGUGGAUAUUAAGAUGAUUUUACAUUAUUAGCACAUGCUUCUUGAACCUUUAUUUCUCAGAAACACUGAAAAAUUAUGUAUUUCAGAGAGGUGUGCUGAGUUUAAAGUUUUGACGCUUCAAAAAUAACAACAGUAAACACACAUUUUUGUUAUUAUAAAUAAUUUUGGGCAUAAUUGAUCACAGAUUACCUUUGUUUUUAAGGAUUGGAUCCAGAUCAUAUCUUCAGACCAAUCAGAGAAUUUAUCUUAAUUCAGCCUACCUGUAAAGGGUCCAAUCAGAAGCCAUGCCUUCCCAUCUCUGCAGAAUGAAAGCAAUCAAGUUUGUGUUGCUGUCCCAAAAAAACUUGUGCAGGCCUACUUUUUUUCCACAUAGAUAAUCCACAGGAAUUUAGGUGCAGAUAAAUUAUCUAACUUGACAGCAGAAAUAAACAUAUGUAAAACCUGGUUACAAAGGAAAGCAACAGUUUUGAUCCCCAGAGCUCAUUUAUGUUCUACAUUUGAAUGAGAAGCAAUGAAUGAGUAAGCAUAUCAAUUAUAAGUCUAUCAAGACUAAAAGUUAUGGAUAAAUUAGCAUGGGUCAAGACCACUUUAGCCUUGUCUCUGUACAUGUCUGACUAAGUGAAGGUAACUUGGUGUCAUUAUUCCCAAUAUGGCUUCAUGAGCUCUUUUAGAAACCAGUGGGUCACUUCACUGGGGCUAGAACCACCAUAGGAAAUACCUAGUUGGGAGUACCUCUCUCCAAAACUGCCUGAUUUGUUGUUAAUAUGUCUCUUGCAGAUCAGAGUUCCAGUAUUUUCUCAACACAAUCACACAGGUCUCCAAACCAGGUAAAUAAGCCCAGUAUUAAUAAGUCAUCCUGUAUGUUUUUUAUUUUUUUUAAGAUUGUGGGUCCAAACUUGAGCCUUUAUUUUACCACUAAGAGCUAAAAGGUCUUCAUGCCAAACUUUGGAAGUAGAGUUUGGUGAUAUUUUGAUGUACACACACUGCUUGGUCAGCAUCACAAUCAGACAUUCCUGGGAGGGUAUUCAGGUUGGUUGCAUUUGGUCACAUACAAGAUAAAGGCAUUAAAAGUCUCAUGUUAAAGUAUUUUUGUCCUAGUUGAAUUCAUCCUCUCACUUUCUAAUCUCAUCAUCAAUGCAGUGAUCUAAAUGGGCAGGGAUGCUAUGAUAAUGAGGUGUUGUGCUGAUUUGUCUGAGGGAUGAGGAUACAGACUGGUUACAGCCUCAAUGCAGAGGCAGAAAACCACCAAAUCGAAUAUGGCGAGCCCCCCAGAAGAACCUGCAUCGGUAUACUACACCAAAACAGGGCGAUGUCAUUGUUCAAGAGCUGCAGCUGCUUGUCUUUGAGCAGCUCCUUAACAUUUGAGGUUAAUUCCUUCUUUCAUGGCUUUUGGUGCAACUUUUUGGUCGGUUUUUGUCGUUGAAGCAGUCCAGAUUGAAAGUUGUGCACUGAGUGUUGUUAACAAUAAAAAGCAGCCAUUGUGUUCUUUGGUUUUAUUCAGUACCAGAACCAAAUAUAGACAUUUGUGUUGUUUUUGAAACCAACAACAGAGCAGUUUGCAUGCCCAGCUUUAUCAUUUGACAUCUUGACUCUGCAACACAGAUGCAAAACCGAACAGAUUGAUAUGUGGUAGAGGUUUUGCAUGCGUGCUUGUGCAAAUCACUCCUGUUACAUCACUGCAGGAGCAAAUUCAUAUUACUGUGGAGGAACAUUGUUUUCAGAGACAAUGCAUAGGUCUUUGACUUCCUUAUUCUCAGGGGGAUGACAAAAGCAUAUACAUUUUGGCAAGGCAAAACACGUUUGAUAUUAUAUUGGCCCUUUAAAAAAUAUAAGAAAUAUGAAUAGAGUUUAUUCAUUCUUUCCCUCAGUUAAUUUAAUCUCAUUUCUUUGAUACAGACUGUAAAGGUCCUGAAACCCAGUCCUGUAUUCUGUGCCCACUGUGAAGAUACAACCCUUUCUGUCUAAGAGGUUUUUAUUUGAACUUUUUCAGGGAAGAUGAACCUGCUGGUUUGGGGUAAACUGUGCUGGUACUCAAACCCAGAAACUAUGUUCCCAGUGGCCAAUAACCUGCAUGUGGUGCUGAGUAAGACACUCAAGUGAGUAACACUCAGCUACACACACAAACACACACUGUUUUCACAGAUUCACCACAAACCCAUCCCAUGUUUUCACUGUAAGGGUGCGUUCACACCACCCUCAUUUAGUCUGUUUGAACCGAACCCUGGAGUGUUUACCCCCUUGGUGCAGUUCGUUUGGGUCGGUGUGAACACUGACCUCAAACUCUUGUGUGGAUCAAAUAAACGAACUCUGGUCCGCCUGAAGAGGUGGUCUUGGACCGCUAUCAAGUGAAAUCUGGAGCGGUUCAUUUCUGGUGUGAAUGUCAUCCACACCAAUCACAGGAAAGGCAUGUGAUGACCAAUAACCGAACGAUAUUCAAAACAAAUGUUUUGUCUUGCCUUGGAUUCGAAUCAGGCAAUGGACCUUUAGGUGUGAACACGACCUAAUUCACCACGAGCAUUUCUCCUCUCACAGCACAGUUCCAGACCACGCCCACUUCCUGUGUCAGAACUUCGAGACAGCCAUCCUCCUUGCUGUUCGACCCCCCCUUGCUGAUCUGAUCGAGACCAUCUGGGUUGUUGGAGGAACACAAGUCUACAAGGUGAACACAAAACACACAAAAAUUCAAUUUUUGUAUUUCAUGCAAACAAGAAAAAAAACGUGUGUGAGAUCUAAUUAUCCUGUGGGGAUAGACUAAUUAUCUUGGAUGCACAAGUUAAAAUAUUUACUUUUAGAGGCGCUAAUGAGCGGGAUAUGGAGUAAGACAUUUUUUCCGGUUCCCAACAUUGGCAGUCGUGUCAGUCUUGCAGACCAAUUUCACUGUUGAAUGUAGAUUUGCGUAUUUUAACAGGAAUCUUGGCUAGAUGAGUUAACCACAUUAUCACUCAAUUUGUCCACCUAGAUCAGACUGGAUUUAUUUCAGGAAAAUACUACAGAGAUAUUUUAUGUAGGAAAGCAAACAUAACAUUACAUCAAAGUGAGAAGAAAUUUAAGUAAAUGGUUUUAUCUUUAGAUGCCCAGAAAGUAUCAUGGCAAUUUUUAUUUCAGACAUUAAAACAAUUCAGUUUUGGACCAGAGUUUAUAAACACUCUAUUCAUGCCCAGAGGCUGCUGUGAGAGUCAUAGCUAUAAGUCAGAGAGAUCUCUAUCACCCCUUUUAUUUGUUAUUAGUAUUGAACCACUAGCUCGGUUCAUUAGAGAUGACAUUGGUGUAAAAGACGUUGUAUUUAAUAAUAAGCUAUCACUCUAUGCGGAUGAUUUGUUAUUAUAUUUGACAGUGAAAGUUUAUGUUUGUAUAUAAAUGUGAAUGUUUAGCUGUACGUAUAUAGAUACACAAGUGUAUUUGAGUGGAUAAGUAUUUCCUUUAAAUUGUUUUGGUUAGGUGAAUUUUAUUUCCUAAGAUUUGCCUUUGGUAAAGAAGGAAAAGAAAGUUAUUUUAUGAAAAUGUACAUUUUGUACCAUUUAAAAAAGAUAAUAACAAUAAUAAUAACAAUAAUAACAAUAAUAAUAAUAAUAUGAUUGAAGAUACAUCAUGAGAUGCAACUGGGACACAUCAUCAGUGAGGUUCCUGAGUUCAUCGGACGUUUCGGGUCUUUCAACAUCAUACGUCCUCCCUCAGGUGACCCAGCCUAGGGUUGAUCAGACCCUGGCUUGUGUCCCAGUAGCAAUGGCCCACAGUUCGCUCCUCCUGAUCCACAGCCACCUGGAGGCUCUCUCUGCCGCCUCCAUGGUGGACUUGAUGGCUGACCUUUUUGCAGCCCCGGUGAUGCCAAGUAGCGAAUAAACCUUGCACAAUGAGCGGCCAGCAAAGCCCCUGCACCCCACUUCAAUGGGUUCACACCGUGCCUUCCACCCUCCUCUUUGGCAUUGCUCGACCAGCUCCUGGUACUUUGACCGCUUCCGCUCGUUUGCCUCCUCUAUGCGAUCCUCCCAGGGAACUGUCAGCUCUAACAGGAGCACCUGCCUUGAAGAGACUGAUGAUAGCACGAUGUCUGGCCUCAGGGAAGUUGUUGUGAUCUGGUCUGGAAACUUGAGCUGCUUGCCAAGGUCAACUCUGAGAUCCCAGUCCACCGCUGAGGUGAGGAGGCCAGCUGCUGGUUUGGGCUGUGACUGUGGCUGCUCUCCAGCCCUGACAAAGGCGAUGUUCCUGUUGCCAGGUUGUUGCUUGCGGCUGUUGUUUUUGGCCACGGCUUUGGAGAUAGUUACAGCAACAGACUUCAGCACCUGGUCGUGCCGCCAGCGGUAACGACCCUCCCCAAGGGCUAUCGAACAGCUGCUUAGGAUGUGCUCCAGAGAGCCUUUCCUGGAGCACAGGGCACAGGCUGGAGAGUCGCCCAGACCCCAGAGAUGGAGAUUGGCUGGGCUGGGCAGGACAUCGUAGACAGCACGAACCAUGAACCCUAUGCGCUGCGGUUCUGCCUGCCAGAUCUCAGACCAGGUCACCUUCCUCUCCAGCGCACCCUCCCACCUUGUCCAUGCUCCCUGCUGCUGCAUGCCCACCAUCCUGCUGGUCCGUUCCUCCUCGACCCCUAUCCGCACCUCCCUCAGGACUAGCUGUCGUUUGUCCUUGCCAUGUGCCUUUUCGUAGCGCGGUUGAGGGAACACUCCCAGCCCAGCUCGACCCGUUGCCACCGAGCCCACCAGAGCCCUGUGUCUCAGCCGAGACUCGGCUACCUCCAGACCAUCUUGAGCCCUCCACUUCCUGCCAGUUCGCACCACGAUGCCCGCUGAUGCUACCUUGGAGUCCUUGGAGUCCCGAUAGAGCAAAGCCUCUCUUGUGCGAGAGACCCUGAACUCCUCCUCAAGGCUACUGAAAGGGAGCUGGAGUUUGUUGGUCUUUCCAUACAGUGCUGCACUGGAUAGGCUGCGUGGGAAGCCCAUCCAUCUACGGAGGUAUCCGCUGAUCUUCCUCUCCAGAGUCUCUACAGUCGACAGGGGCACCUCGUACACCAACAGAGGCCAGAGUACUCGGGGUAAGACGCCAUGCUGGUAAAUCCACGCCUUAAACCUGCCGGGUAAGCCAGACUUGUCUACUGCCGACAGCCACGUCUCAAGCUCCUUGAUGGUGAUCUGGAUUGAUGCAGAAUCCCUGAGACUACAGUCAAAAAUCUUGCCCAGGCUCUUGACUGGUUUCUCGGUGAUAGAUGGGAUUGCCGUGCCAUCCACGAGGAAGCGAAACUUGUCUGCCACUUUUCCCUUCUUCAACACCAACGACCUGGAUUUAGUUGGUUUGAAGCUCAUUCUUGCCCAGGAUAUGAGCUUUUCCAGGCCCUGGAGUAUCCAUCUUCCACCAGGCACAGAUGUUGUGGUGACGGUGAGAUCGUCCAUAAAGGCUCUGAUGGGUGGUUGUCGAAUGCCAGACUUGGACAGAGGACCUCUGCACUCCCUUUCAGCUGCCUUGACUACCAUAUUCAUGGCCAGGGCAAAGAGGCCAACGGAGAUGGUGCACCCAGUUAUAAUGCCCUUUUCGAGCCUGUGCCAGUCAGAUGUUGUGCUCCCAGAAGUGACUCUGAGCCUGAAGUUCCCGUAGUAAUUCAGGAUGAGGUCCUUGAUCUUCCUGGGUACAUGGUGACGGUCUAGGGUAGUCUCAACGAGCUUGUGGGGUAUGGAGCCGAAGGCAUUGGCCAGGUCCAGCCAGAGCACGACGAGGUCUCCCUUGCCCUCCCGCGCCUCCCUGAUCAGCUGGGUGACAACUCCAGUGUGUUCUAGGCAUCCUGGCACACCGGGGAUACCACCUUUCUGGACAGAGGUGUCAACGUAGGCAUUCUUUAGGAGAAAGUCUGUCAACCCUCUGGAAAGGAUGCUGAAGAAAAUCUUCCCCUCGACGCUGAGAAGCGAGAUGGUUCUGAAUUGCUCCAGCUUGGUGGAAUUCUCUUCCUUGGGUAUCCAGACACCCUCCGCCUGCCUCCACUGAUCCGCCACAGCUCCUCUGCGCCAGAUCACACGCAGGAUCUUCCAGAGGAUUCUAAGGAGCCCAGGGCAGCGCUUGUACACCUUGUAAGGAACGCCACUGGGUCCUGGAGCUGAUCUGGCUCUGGCAGCAGCGACCACCUCCUGGAUUUCCUUCCAGGUGGGCUCGCAGGUGUUGAAGUCGACAGUGGGAGAUGGUAUGUCCAAUAAGGCACUGAGGGGCCCUAGGGCUUGCUCUCUGUCAGGGUCGCUCAGGUUGCUUUCCAGGAAGUGGUCUACCUCCUCCUUGGAGCAGGCUAGACGCCCACUGCGCUUCUGCCCCAAAAGCUGUUUGGUGAAUCCAAAUGGAUCCGCUAUGAAAGCAGUUCGCUUCCUGGCUCUCUCUCUCCUGCGUCUCCUGUGCCAUUCAGCUCUGCGCAGGGUUGUGAGUUUCUUCCUGAUGAUGUUUCUGAGCUCUGCCAGUGGUGGUUUCUCCUCCUCAGUUGCUGCCUUGUACUGUCUUGCCAGGGACCGGAGCUCCUGCCGCAGUUGAUGGAUCAUUUCUGCUCUACGGUUCAAGGUGUAGUUGGGUCUGGUGGAUUUGCACUCUUCCACACCGUACCUCUCCGUUCCAUAGGUGACAAUGAUGGUGGUCAUGGUCUGAAGCCGUCUGUCAACAGCCCCCUUUGCUGUUGAUUCGAUGAUUGUGGUGACAUCCUCAUCGAACUGGUGCCACACUUUGUGUUGGUUUGCUGGAGGCCACUUGAUACGACGCUGUUGAACUACUCUGCUAUGAGCUGGAGAGCUAGGCACUUGGAGGUUCUGGGCUCUGUGGGGUGUCUCCCGGCCGGGCUCCUCCGUCGUCUCACCAGGACUACGUCCUGUGCGCUGUGUUGCACUCUCCUGGACCAAGCAUUUCAUUCGGCCUUGAUGGAUUUUUAGGCCGAGCGCGUUCUUGCAAACCUUGCCACAUUUGCAUCUUGCGAUUGUCGUCGUCGAUAAGCCGUUUGCCAAAGUCGUCAACGUUGUGUCCGUCCUGUUGGGGAACUCAUCCUCCCCCCCUCUCGGGUUCCCCUGGGGGUAUUUCUCAGUAGGUCGUUCUGUAGCUUGGUAGGGUUCUCCCUCACGGAAGAAACAAGUUGGGAUGCUACCCCUUCCUGCCCCGGUUGCCGUCUUUCCGGGCUGUCAAUAAUAAUAAUAGUAAAAAUUUGGUUUUUGGACUCAAGGAGCACCACACAUAAGCUUUACUGUACCCAAUGAUAAAUUUACCUCAGAAAGUUAUGCAGAGUAAGAAACUUGCCGCUCAGUGUGACCCGAUGUGCCAUAAAGCAAAUACACAAAGUCACUGUCAUAAAUACAAAUCAAAUAGAGCAAAAGAGUACUCCAUGAAAAAUACACACUUUAAUAAUCUAUUUUGGUGUGAGUUUAUGAGCUUUAUUACAUUUAGUCGUCCUAGUGGGAUUGAAAAUAUUGAACACCACAGAUCCUGUUCAUGUGACCUGGUUGUGUUUAUCUUGUUUGUCAUCAGGAGGCACUGAAGCACCCGUGGUGUGACCUGAUUUACCUCACAGACGUCAUGGCUGACUUUGACUGUGACGUUUUCUUCCCUGAGUUUGACAGAAGACUGUUUAAAGAACAGGAAAGGUAAGAAAGGUUUGUGUGUGUGUGUCCCUUUAUUAGAAUGCAGAGAAGAACUCUGUCUUUUACUGUUGCAUACCUGGUGAUUUUUGACAAGAUUGACGCUCUGCUGCUGCUCUAUGGCAGCUGGAUCUGGUCCAACAGUAAAUAUUAACAGUGAGGAAACUUUAUCUCAGUGUCUCAAGAUUGAAUUUGAUUUGGUUUAUAUUUUUAUUUUUUAAGCCCAGAUUUGACUCAAACUUAAAUCUCUUGAUGACACUCUUGUUAAAUGUACAGCUGCUUAUUUCUGCCGGUUGUGAUUGAAUGCCAUGUAAUAUUUUAGUUCCUAUAUGAAACAUUUGAUUUGUGAUGGUUUUGCACCCCUGUGGACACAACAGUAGCUGUUUCUUCUUUUAUUUUGUCUUUUUUAAUCUAAAUGUGCUUCACCUGGGAAGACAAAAACAUGACCCCAAAGUAAACAUAGAAACAGGUGAUGAGGCAACUGGUUACACAGAAUAAUAAGUAAUGUUAGAAGUGGGUGUGCCAAGCUUAAAAUGGCUGUUUUAAAAAGUGAUCUUUGGACUUUGAGUCAGAAUUGUAGGAAUUAAAACUGUAAGUCUAGUUUUAAUUGACUUUUGCUCCACUCCUUUUGAACUCUAUCAGACUGCAGUCUGAUUGGUUUGAAAGUCAGAAUCAGCUUUAUGGCGUACUUGACUUAAUUAUUUACACUCCACCAUUAGGAAUUUAAAUCAGGCAAACUCUUACACACAAACUGCUCUGGAAAUAAUCUUAGAAACCUCUAAACAACACUAAAAUCUAAGCGUAUGUGUGUCAACCUGCCUCAAAUAAUCUCUAACAAACUAAACAUUGCACUUGGAUAACAGUCAGCAUGAUACAAAUCAACAGUAAAAAAUGUGUGUCCUUAAGAAUAUGUAUUUGAAGUGUAUUUUGACCUUGUAUUUUGAAACAUAUCCUUUCUGUUCACACACUUUGAAAUACUUUAAGUACUACUGUAAGUACCUUUUAAUAAACUCUAACUUUGAUUUUCUUGUUUUUACACAGAUUCCCUGGAGUGCCAAGUAAAAUCCAGGAGGAAAACGGCAUUAAAUACAGAUUUCAGGUUUUCAAAAAAGAGACUGCUGAUGCUGUAUAA